UCUCCCUUCCACAGUUCCUCUGUUUACUUCCUCCGUCCCUUCCUCGCAUUUCCAAUUAGUCAACAUGAUUUUCUGUUCUUUAUAUAUUUUUUCCAGUUCAUUCCCUCGUUUUCUUCAUUUUAGCUACGAGUGAAUUGGAAAUAAAUUUUCUAUUCUCCUGUAUUUUGUUCCUUUGCUUGUUUGUCAGUAUCAAACACCGCCCAUUUCACACCACGCAUUAAGCUGCAUCCCCAUUACAUUAAUCUUAGAUAUUUGGAUAAGAUAUGGGCGUAAUAAUGGCUUUGUUGAUUUGUCUCUACGUGGGUUUGUGCUAAAUUAUAUUAGUUCAUCAUGUUUUUCCUUGUCGUCCUCCAUUGUAUUCUCUAGUCUUUCACUUCAUCAUUCCUGCUCUAGUUCCCUUCGAAUGACGAUGAUUUCCAUGUUCUCAUUUGUUCUUGAGUGCUACGUGUUGUGGGAGUCAUUAUUUUAUUAAUUUUUUUAACCUUGUGUAUUCAUUCUUGUUCUGCUGAUAUAUAUAUAUAUAUUAAGGCUUUGAUUUCAUUGGAUUAGAUAGGUGUGUCAGUUUGCUUUGACGUUGUUGGGGGAGAUACUGCCGUUCAUGGAGAUGAAAUUAUGUGAAUCGAAAUCUGUGUCUGUGUCUGAGAUAGUCCAUACAGGAAGAACAUACUCGAGCCCCUUUUUGAAUUCCAGACAAAUACUUGGUGUUAAGUACAAGCCACGGUUCUGUGCUUUUAGAGGAAUAUAUUUCCAGGCUUCUUGUUCAAGCACUUCGCAUAAUACUUAUCCGCAAACAAGGGCUAGUGGUUCAGUUGGCCAAGAAAAACUUUCAACAGAACCAUUUUCAUAUCAGAUCAAUGGAACAAGUGGGGCAAAGUCCAUACUGUAUUCUAGAGAAAAGAGAGUACUUGAUGCGUUUGAUGAUGAGUAUGGGGGAGUAGUUGUUGAUCCUGAAAGAUUACCAGCUAACCCAAGUUCCUUUGCUUCUAUCCUUCAUGCCUCACUUUCUCGUUGGAAAAAGAUGGGAAAGAAGGGAAUUUGGCUUAAGUUGCCAGUGGAUCGCUCUGAGCUUGUUCCCUAUGCAAUAAAGGAAGGCUUCCAAUACCAUCAUGCAGAGCGAGGAUAUGUGAUGUUAACAUACUGGAUACCUGAAGGACCUUGCAUGCUUCCUGCUAAUGCCUCACAUCAAGUAGGGGUUGGGGGAUUCGUCAUUACCGACAGAAAUGAGGUUCUUGUAGUGCAAGAGAAGUACUGUUCUCCAGCCUGCGUUGGUCUCUGGAAAAUACCCACUGGUUUUAUCCUUGAGUCAGAGGAGAUUUUUACAGGUGCUGUAAGAGAAGUCAAGGAGGAAACUGGGAUUGAUACUGAAUUUGUUGAAGUUAUAGCAUUCAGGCAUGCUCACAAUGUGGCUUUUGAAAAGUCAGAUUUGUUCUUCAUCUGCAUGCUCAGACCCCUCUCAACUCAAAUUGUAAUUGACGAUCUUGAAAUUCAAGCAGCUAAGUGGCUGCCCCUAGUCGAGUUUGUACAGCAACCACUAAUACAAGAAGACUGCAUGUUCAAGAAAGUUAUCGACAUUUGCAUGGCCCGGCUAGGGAAGCGUUAUUGUGGCUUAUCUGCUCAUCAAGUGGUCUCCAAAUUCGAUGGCAUGUCAUCUUCCCUUUACUACAACGUUAUCGAAAAUGAAGAUUUCAACUGUCGGAGCAGUUGAUUGCAGCCAUUUAAGCACUAAUAUGCAUCAGUCAUCACCAGACAAUAUUCCUCCCUGUUGUCUGGUGGAAAUGCACUUCACUUCCUCUACUCUGAGUUCAUCGGUUGAGAACUAGUUCAGCUACAUCCUAAAUGGUGAUCAACUGUAAGAUUAAUACCAUUUUUUAUGGACGUUAUAGCUGAUGUAUGUAUACAUAUAUCGUGUAAAUACAACAAGGGUCCCUCUAACAAAUGCAUAUUCAAGCCAACGGUCUUGAUGUUUUUGAUAAA